GGUUGUCUUUAUCUUUCAUUGUGUUGAAUUCAGAUUUCCCAUAUCAUAAGGCCUUUUGGUUCUUUCUGUUGCUGUUCGGUACUUUGUUUCUUACUGAAUUUUACCAUGCAUUUUGUCUGCUUCCCAUGUACUUGCAUUUGUUCCUUUCCUCAUAGGUACUAUAUGAUGUCUGAGUUAACGUUUGAAGCCACAAACCUAUCUGACUAGAAGAAUAAAGAGAAGUUCAAUUUAUGAGAACAAUAAAAAAAGCUUACAACAAUUUGGGAUGGAUUGAUUUAUGAUACCUCUGAUAUGUGAGAACUACAUUUCCUGGCGCUGUUGGCCAGCUGCUGCUGGUGGACUUCAGCUGACUUCAUUGCACCGAGCCAGACAGAUAGGUCCUCAUCACUAACAGAACAUAAACAAGUGUGAUGCUGAAAUGAGAUGAGGCUCCGAAAUGGAACUGUGGCCACCGUGUUAGUUUUCAUCACUACAUUCCUCAGUUUGUCCUGGUAUACUGCAUGGCAAAAUGGGAAAGAAAAGUUGAUUGCAUAUCAACGGGAAUUUCAUGCUUUGAAGGAACGUCUUCGUAUAGCUGAGCAUCGCACUCUGCAACGCUCUUCUGAGCUGAAUGCUAUCUUGGAGCAGUUCAGGCGUGCAGUAGCAGAAACAAAUGGGAGUAAGAAUACAAUGAAUAAUUUUUCAGAUGAGACAUUAAAAUUGUUAAAAGAGCUAACAAGUAGAAAAUCUCUUCAAGUGCCAAAUAUCUAUUACCACUUGCCUCAUUUGUUGAAAAAUGAAGGAAGCCUUCAACCUUCUGUGCAGGUUGGCCUUGGAAGGACAGGAGUUUCCAUUGUAAUGGGAAUACCUACAGUGAAAAGAAAAGUCAAGUCUUACCUUACAGAAACUCUUCACUCCCUUAUUGAUAAACUGUCCCCUGAAGAAAAACUGGAUUGUGUUAUGGUUGUCUUUAUAGGAGAGACUGAUCUUGAUUAUGUUAACAGUGUUGUUGCAAGCCUGGAAAAAGAAUUUUCUACAGAGAUCAAUUCUGGCUUGGUGGAAGUAAUAGCCCCUCCAGCAGCUUACUAUCCUGACUUGACAAACUUGAAAGAAACAUUUGGAGACUCAAAAGAGAGAGUGAGAUGGAGAACAAAACAAAAUCUGGAUUAUUGUUUUCUUAUGAUGUAUGCCCAGAAAAAGGGGGUUUACUACAUUCAGCUCGAAGAUGACAUCGUUGUCAAGCAGAAUUACUUCAGCACAAUAAAAAAUUUUGCACUUCAGCUCGCUUCUGAAGAUUGGAUGAUUCUAGAAUUUUCUCAGCUGGGUUUCAUUGGUAAAAUGUUCCAGUCUCCAGAUAUCACUCUUAUUGUAGAGUUCAUAUUUAUGUUUUAUAAGGAGAAACCCAUUGAUUGGCUCCUGGACCAUAUCCUCUGGGUGAAAGUGUGUAACCCUGAGAAAGAUGCUAAACAUUGUGAUCGACAGAAAUCUAACCUACGGAUACGCUUCAGGCCUUCUCUUUUCCAGCAUGUUGGCCUCCACUCCUCUCUAGCAGGGAAGAUCCAGAAACUCACAGAUAAAGACUUCUUGAAACCAUUACUGCAUAAAAUCCACGUGAAUCCACCUGCAGAGGUUUCGACAUCUUUAAAAGUCUACCAAGGGCAUACCCUAGAAAAAACCUACGUAGGGGAAGAUUUUUUCUGGGCUGUCACACCAGUUGCUGGAGAUUAUAUCCUAUUUAAAUUUGACAAGCCAGUCAAUGUAGAAAGGUACUUGUUUCACAGUGGCAAUCCAGAGCAUCCAGGAGACAUACUUCUAAACACAACUGUGGAAGUUUUGCCUUUUCAGAAUGAAGAAUUGGUAUUAAGCAAAGAAACCAAAGACAAACGCUUAGAGGAUGGUUACUUCAGGAUAGGGAAAUUUGAAAACGGUAUAGCUGAAGGAACAGUUGACCCCAGCCUAAACCCUAUUGCAUCAUUCCGGCUUUCAGUGAUACAAAAUUCAGCAGUUUGGGCAAUUCUGAAUGAGAUUCAUAUUAAAAAAAUUACAAACUGAUCAUGGAGAUCUGCUUUAGAGGAAAAAAGAAUCAUCCUUCAAAGCUUUUCCUAUAAAAUCUGACAUCCUUAGCAAGUCAUGAAUUGAAAAUACUGAGCAUGCACCUUAUUCCAAAUUUCUUUCUUUUCACUCGAACUCUACCUCUUGUGAAAUCUACUGUAGAUGAGAAGAUUGUAUUUGUCCCUUCUUAUCUGAUCCAUCCAGAAACUGAUGCUCCACACUGAUAACGUUCAUCUGAGGCCUAAGUUGUCCUCUACUUAAAUGUGACUUUACCAUCCUACAGUUACGGAACCCUGCUACGCUUAAUCUGUACUAUUUUGAUAGUAUAGUAAUAUAGAGAAGUUGUACAUAUUGUUACAUUCCUUGAAGAAAAAAAUAUAAUUAUUGUUAAAUAUGUUUUAUGAAGGGGGUACUUUCGGAGUUCCAUUAUUUUCUAUAACAAGAACCCUCUUUUAUAGACUGUCAGGGAUAUAUAUUAAAAAUGUUAGGGAUAUUUAAUUUAUUAAAAUAAUUUGAAAAGUACAUAUUUUUAUGCAGUAAAAUUUUAAAUUGAUACAGUUUUUUUUAUGAAUUCUCUAGUUUAAGUUAUCUUUCUACAUUUUUCUUUGGAGAUGCAAACAAAUUAAUACCAUAUUUCCAAUAUACUGCCAUGUUUAAAAAAGCCUAGAUUAAGUUUCUAAAUUACAUAGUUUUGUACACGGAAUCUGAAUGAUGUUCAGAGGCAUUAACAGAGUUCUGAAGAGCAUUAUUCUUUGGGGCUAUGAAAUUCCACUAUGUACAGUUUGUAGCCACAUACAAAGCAUGCUGAAAUGUCUCGUUUCAUAUUGUGUACUAAAUCUGCAGUGAUUUUAGAUUGGAUCCAUUGCAUUUUAGAAGAAUUUUAUCGAUUCCAAACAGUUAUUUCUAAAAAUCUUUGUAGACAUUUCCUAGCCUGGACAAAUUCAUUUUCUGUACCCAAAAAACUCAUUCUCCAGCUUUGCUUUGGAGUGACAGAGGUUAACUUUUAUCAAAAGAAUUAACAGUAAUUAGGUAGAUUUGAUCUACAGAGGUCUCCUUUUCAAAAGUUCUGUUAUUGCAGUUUUUAUUUGAGAUACAUUACAGUUAGUAGCUUUGGUUUAUUUUUAUUCCACUGUUCAAGAACAAGGUUUCAGUUUCACUCCUUUAUUGGUUAAUGAAGUAGCUCGCACCAACUUAUUAAAAACUGAAUUUGGCCUCAAGUUAGUACCCUGCCUUUAUGUUUCAAAGGAAACAACAGUGAUCUUAAAUGGAUCAGAAACUCAGUCAGGAACAGAAAGUGGUUUGGAUUAAAUCCACAGCAGAAUUGUUGCAGUGCUAAUGCUGCUCCUGCUCUUAAGAGUCCUUUUGCUUAGGUGCUUAUGUGCAAAGGACACAGGCGUGGGAAGAUUUAAAUUACCCAGUCAGAAAUGGUCAGGAAGAAGAGUGGCAGAAACUCCCUUCUGUUACAGGAAUUAAGUGCCUGAUUGACACUGGAGGGAGGCAUCUACCCUGGCUUGGGAAUUUUCAGCUGCGCUGUGAACUGACCUCCUGGAACUGACAUCUCAAAAGCUGGAAAGUUUUCCUUGUGGAAAAAGAAAAACCCAGUGUUAUCCCCAACAUUUUUGUGGUCAGGGCACAGAUGUGCGCAGCCUGAUGCGGGAUUCCUGAUCUACAGCAGGGAUCUUGAGUUUUCAUCUCCAGCCUGAAAGGUCGACUAACAGAUUUAGCCUCUUUUUCAUGACAUUUAUAAAGAGCAGGAGCCCAAACCUGACUCUCCAGCUCUGCAAACCAUCACUGCUGAAAUAGAGAGUCAACCUGUCUUUUCUUCUGCUUUGAUUGAAAAUUGCGUUGUAGCUUUGACAGCUCAGCAAUUCAAUAUUCGAUUUUAAGAGCUUAACAACUUUUCCAGACCAUAAUCAUUCUGUUCUAGCUGUGCUGUCUGGGGUCACAGGGAAGACAAGAUUUGUACAGAGAGAAGACCUUCUGGUUUAGACUGACUGGUGUAAGUUGAAGAAAAGCAGAAAGCUACCAGGCAGGCCUUGUUUACUUUUUUUCUGAUCGCAUCAGAUAGUGUAAACAAAAUGUUACUUGGAAAGCUCAUCUUGCUCAUGGAGCCUGUGGGCAUAAGCUAAGCACUGGCCUCAUAAAUGGAGUUUGUUCUUGGAUUUAGGGACAUGGGUGAGUAGGCUCAGCCUGCCAUGUGAAUCUAGUCUGUUGUGGUGCCACAGCCCAUUCUGUUGUAUGUAUAAUGCUGUGCCAUGAAAUUCUUGCCAUAAAACAGCUUUUUUUAUCACACAUCAGCUUGCAAAGGUCUAAGAAAGUACUUAGGUUUGCUUCUCAGCUCUGCUUGUGAAGGAAUGAUGCAGAUAAUUUAAACUACAACUAUUUAUUACAAUUUAGAUUGAAGAAAUCUGUUAGAUAUUGCCAUUUCUUAAUAUAACUAGUUUUGCUGACAGUGACUUUCAGCUUUUUCCAUGAGUUCAAAAGUUUACUGGUACCUCUUAUUUAAAUGAAAGCUGUGUGCUUCAUUCCCAAAGCAUCCCUGUUCCUGACGCUUCACAGUAGUUAAGAUGAAUCAUCAUUAAUACAUGUAAAUCUGUAGAACCCUCACCACAUUGAUUGCAGGACUCUGGUGUUACAACUAUAUUUAAUUUUCAGAAGUGUUGACAUGAAAUUUAUUGAAGACAACAAAUUAACCAGUGCCUGGUAAAAUAUGUGGGUUUUUUUCUAAAGAUCAUUGCAUUUUUAUUACACUGUGUUAAAGGAGCUGGAAAUACUCUGAGCUGCUUUAACUCUUUAGAUGUUCCUGAGCUUAUGCUCUCUAAAUAAAUGUGCCACAUUAGGAGGAAUUACUUUUUGUAGAGUCAGGUAAAUUCAGACCAGGUGUAAUCAGACAGUUCUGCAAGUUUCCUUGGAAAAUUUGCUAAGAAAUAGGAAAAAAAAAGGGAAAAUAUUUUCUUAUCUCUGCAGACAGCGAUUUUAGGAUUUCUACCUUUCGAAUUCUAAUCCCCAAGUUAGGCUGAAGUGAUGCCACUUCCUUCCUAGGAUUGUGGUGGAAUAAGAACACUUUGGCUGCUUGACUCAGUGGGCAUUAGCUUGGGCACUGUUUAUGACUGGAUGGGCUCCAGAGGGGCUGGUGUCACUGACAGGUCUCAGUCCUAAGUUACAGUGUUACCGCAAGAGUUCCUCAACAUAUUAAACCUGAUUUGGUGGAGGUUUUUUUUCCCGACGUUUAUUUAAUUGCAAAUUAUUUUUGUGGUGGCCUUAAAAAUCCCCUCUGGGCCACUGAAUCUUACAAUAAUCAAGUAAUGGAAAGUGUUUCAAAAUAAACGGCAUUAUCCUAUGAUCCUGUUGGGUCCUUCUGAUGCUGUUAAAGCUUCAGAAAAAUGAACUUUUGUGAAACCAAAGGCAUUACCAGAAACCUCCAUUAUCUGGGCAAAUUAUUCUUAACUUCCUAUAGUGGCUGGUGAACAGCCCAGCCCAUGUGAGGACUGGCUUUCCUGAGCUGAUCGGAGUUGCUCCAGACUAUGAAAAUAUGAGACUGUCAGUACCAUCUUGUUUUGCUCAUUCGGUGGGCAGUCCUACUGCAAACUUUGUAAAUAAUAUGAACAGGAUGUGAUCCCAAAUUAGCACUUUUAAUUUUUUUUAAUGAGUUUCUAAAGCACUGUAUAAGGCUUUGCACUUCUGCAGGCAUCUCAACCAUGUUUUUGAAUUGAUAGAGAAUUUUCCUUAGAGAUGUCUUUUUCUUAACUGAAAGGUGGCUUAGGAAAAUUCAAACAGAUGAACAUCUGAUUCAUGGACCAAUAAGAGACUGCACUCUUCUGUCGUUCUCACUGCUUGUCUAGCUGUUCUAAAAGCAGUUUCAAAAUACCCCGAGUCGGUUUAGAGCAAAGCAAUUUAUACUUUGCUCAUGUGAUACAAGAUUUCUUGAACUGGCAGAGUGCGUUUUGUGUUUGGCAAAAGUGAAUGACCGUGUAACAUUUUUCCUUCUUUUUUUCCCUCAGGUAUAUUAGCACUUCAGUAAUGUCUGGGGUUUGUUGGAAAUAUUUGCUCCAGAUAAAGCAUCGUAGUAACUUGUAGUUUGCUUCCAACUUGGAAAAUAUUAUUUUAGUCUUGGGGGGUGGAAAAAUUCAAUCUUGCUCCCAUGAAAUAGAAUUAUAGAAUGUCCCGAGUUGGAAGGCACCCACAAGGAUCAUCAGGUCCAACUCCUGUCCCUGCAUUCUUGUGCUAAGUAAGUUAACUGUAGAUUCUAUAUUUGUUCUUACUAGGACGGAUGUAUUCUGAAAAAGCUAAAGCAAGUAACUAGUACAAAGGGGAGGAAAAAAAACCUUAUGUUUUUUAAAUCAUCUUUCCAAUCACCAGCAUAAUGCUGAAAGGCAAUGGAACAACUGGUGUUUUCAGGCUAGCAUCGGUUGCUGAUGUAAAAACCCCACCCCACACAGAGCUGAUGAAUUCAUAUUUGAGUGUUGCUUUUCUGACCUUAGUGGUCUCUUAGGGGUUUUACUGAUUUCUGCUGUAAACUGAGCUGCUGGAACUUAAAGUAGCUUAAGUUUGAGAAUGAUGAAGCCUUCUUUGAAGGAGACAAACUUUGUUAUUACUAAGGGAAGGUACACAGGCCCCGAGUCCAUCAUUGAUUUCAAUGUAUCACAUGACAGGGCAAUAAAUAUGAAGUAUUUUUAAUGUUGAACUGAAGUGGGUGAUCAGUGGUGCUAGGAUUCCUGUUAGGGAAAAGGCGCACAGUUAGGCUGCAGCUGCCUGCAGGCCAGGAGCUCGUGCUGUUAGCCAGAGUGGGAGCAGGUCCCGACGGGAAUCCUUCGCCUUCUGUGAAUCAGCAGUUCAGUGCUUUCCUUGUUAAAAGGGGAACAUUGCUCAGUCUGCUGAGAGGGGAACAUGAUUCUCUUCAAGCCUUAACAGUGGCUGAAACACACAGUACUGUAAGAUGCACUGCCAGCAUAUUUGGUAUUUUAAGGUAAAUAUAGUUUUUCCUUAGAGAUCAAAUUCUAGUAUUGAUAUAUUACGUCUUACUGUAACCAGUUUACUCUUCUGUUGCUUUGGAAACUGAAUCCUAGUGCUCAUGUCUCAUACUGAACCCUGCUUCGGAAAGCUGUCAUCUCCAUGUUCCAGAAGGUAUUAUUUGUGAUGGUCAGUUUCUACUCUUGUGUGUGGACUUCACCAUGGCAGGCAUUGCCACGAGCCCUCCCUUGUAGCCGAACUAGACUCGUACUUUCCUUCUGUGUUCACUGACCUGCCGCUCCUGCUGGUGGAUGCAGUAAUACCCACUGGACUGCUAGAGAUUGGGUUGAAAAAACUUGCUGCUACAUUUGGAAACCUGAUCUGGGUCACUUUAAUUGUGCCUUUCAUCACCGUUUCUUCUGUGUGCCAGAGUUGUUUGUGUAUAUUUGAAGUAGUCAUUAAAAUAAAUCAGUUCUCAAGUUCUUU